GCCUUUUGCUAAUUUUCUAAAUUCUCUCUUAUUAGGUGCCAAUGUCAGUCAGUAAUUCCGGCUAUGAAGUCGCUUUGAAGAUCAAUGCUGUCUUGACAAGGAUCCAAGCAGAACUGAAAUGUGGUGUAUGUCGCUCUACUUUCUCCAAUCCAGUAGCUGCCAACUGCGGUCAUACUUUUUGCGAAGAAUGUGUAAACCAAGUUUUCGAACGCAGGCGCUUCGUUGAAUGCCCCCUAUGUCGGGAAAAGAUGAACAAGCGGAGCUGCACUACAUCUGAACAGCUUGAUGCAUUGGUGAAGGGGUACCUUCAACUCGGCAAAGUUUUUCGCACGGAAGUACAGACUCAGACGAUAUCCAUACCUCAGGAAUUAGCUUAUAUGGAAAGCCAGAUUCCUGCUGCACCCGUCAGCGACAGCCCUUUGCGUGACUUUCGUCCUCCGGAGCCCCAUUUCGCCUUACCUAAAGCGCGUGCAAGGCGGAAGCAACCGCUCAGCGUUCAUAAUCCCAAGCAACAAAAAAUGGACACCAUAAGUGAAGAAAGCGAAGCCAAGGAGAAUGUGGAUCUGUUGCGGACCAAGGAAACAGAAAAUAAUGAGGUUCAUCCUGUGAAGAAGUCGAUACUAGCUCGCAGAAGUGAGACCGAUUUGUUGCGGUAUGCUAGAUCCAAAACAGUCGAAGUUCAAUGUGACCUUCCGAACCCUUCCUGUGUUUGCCGAAAUUUACGUGGUGCUCUAGCGUCGUUUAAAGACAUCAACCAAAAAUUAGACUAUCCAUCCGAUUUGCAUGCACUGUUUGCAAUGGUACCUGAGUACAAACAGAUACUUGAAGAGAACUUACCCGCUUUAUACGAACUAGUACCAUUUCCACAAAGCACUAGCAAUACCGCAUGCGUUCUUCCACAAGCAGAGAACUGUGAGAUAGCCGCUUCAGUGAAGAUUGAUCUGGAUGCGGUGUCAGACGACGUCUGCGAAGAUGAUUUAUGUGAAACACAGCCUAGCCCAUUUGUUCUCGAAGCAGACUCCAGAAACUGUGUAAAAACAGCGCUUCAAAAUGUGGAAAAGAUGUCGCCGUGUUGUUCAAGGUCAUCAGGCGGUGUUGUGCCACAGUCUUCAACUGACGACGAUGAUGAAGAUGAAAUGGAGAUCACGCUCCAUGGAAAUUUCGAGUCUUUUCCAAUAGAAUCUGAAGCAUGCAAACCAGGGCCUACCGAUAUAGCUGCUGAAGUAUCAUCUCCAAUAUUCAUAAGCGUUUCACGCAUGAGCUGCAUAGAAGACGAGAAGCUUCUGCAAGAAUUUUUGGCUUUGUUCCCGAACGUGCAUUACAGUGAGGAACUCACUGUCAAGACAACACAUUUGGUGAUGAUGAACUCUCAACAGUCGUGCGAGAGGCGGUCGUUACGAUAUGUCUACGCUGUUGCACGCAAAUGUGAGAUACUGAGCCGGUGCUGGUUGGAGGAAUGUACGAAUUCAAAGCGAUUGCUACCUACGGAAAAAUAUGGUCUGUCGUCAGAGCUAACGUCGGAAACACCUGGUUGGCUUCGUGCAAAAUCCUCGACUAAGCAGUUGUUUGAGAAGACGAAAUUUUUCCUGCCUCAGUCCUUUUCGGAAUCAAAGCAUCUACCUCUUGAAAGUUUAAAAGAGCUCAUCUCCCUUUGUGGAGGAGAUUGCUGCGAAAAGCCUUGGGAAGUAGCUGGUGCGCACAAGGCUUACACAAUCUUCAAGCCGAAAUCUUCUAACUGGAAUGAAGCACAGCGUUACGAAGCGAGUAUGCAGGGUGUGCCAGUACUUGUCGCGGAUUGGAUUCUGGAUUCAAUAGCUGAAUUUCGUUUGAUGCCUAUCGACGCCUACAAAGUGCGGCACCGGUAGCUGGAAACACAGAACCAUUUUGGAGGAAAGAAAAAUCGAUAACUUCUAGUUGCUCCCACCCUUUCAAGCGCAGUUUGUUCUCUUUGGCUUUCUGCUUGUAUGUCUUGCAUGCAUCGACCCCUCAUUUUUGUAUGACAUCAUGACCCCUUGAUUGUUGCGUGAUUGCGCUUG